GAAGGGAGGGAGCGAAACGAUGCAAUGUGCGCUAACAGUGCUGAAUGAGAAACACAUGCACUAUGAGUUAGUGUGGAGUUACUAGGUCUGUCUGACUGCGGAAUCGUACAGAGAGGGGGAGAGAGCUGAAGGGAUUAACACUGCAGUUCGCAUGAGAAACCCAAAAAGAAAACUUAACCCAACAAAAGGAGACCUGCGUUUUUAAAAAGAAAAAGCAUUUGCUGUACUUAUCAGCUAUUGAGCUUUGGUACAAGAAGAGACACUCAUAGUCGGAGAAAACGGGAGAAGACUUUUUCCUUUGUUUUGUGUUUGUAUGAUUUACACUGAAGGACAUGACCAGUGCAGUCUUUCGGAGAGGAUCUAGCAAAGAGGGUUUGAAAAACCUCUUGCGGUUGACUGCACAGAGGAGCAUAGAGGACGAGGAGGAGAUAGCCCGUGAGCGCCGGCGCCGGGCCCGUGAAGCACGGCGCUACGACGAGGAUGACAAUGGGUCCUACGCUAGCAACACUUCCACUCCAGUGUUUGAGAGCCACCUAACCACCAAGGAAAACCAAUAUGUCUUAAGUUCCAAGUCAACCAAUUCUGCCCUGGACGAGGACGAAGGUUUCAGUGACUGGACUCAGAGGAGAGAAGAGCGUCGGCAGAAACGUAGGGAGGAGUUGGGAUUCACAGAGGAAGACCAUGUCAAUGAAUCGGCCAUGGAGAAUAGUUUUGCUAGAGAAAGAAGAGAGCAAGAGGACCAGAGGGAGCUGGGUAUCGGUAAAUUGAAAAGGUGGCAGGUGGAGGAGGAGGAGGAGGAAAGAAGGAUGCUCCAACAGGAACAAGAGCAAGAGGGAGCAAACUAUCAGCAGCGAGAGUAUGAAAGGAAGCAAAGAGAGAAGGCCGAGAUGGAGAGAGCUCAAAAAGAAGACAGACAAAGGUUGAAGUAUCUGAGAGAAGAGAGAGAACAAUUGGACCAGGACAAAAUGGAGAAUGAGAGAUGGACAAUGGAAAUAGAAAAGAGACCAAAAGAGAAUGAGGUCAAGCUGUCCAGUACAGCCAGGUCAUGGACUGAGCUUCAUCAUUAUGAAGUUGAAAAUGACGACGUGCAGAAUAAAACCUCACCAUAUCAUAGCCUGAGAAUGGCCAAGACGACACUGAGUGAGAAUCCAGACGUCGAUGAAGAUGGGGAGCUUGCGCGCCUGGAGGCUGAGCAGAAGCUGCUGCAGAUCCGCCGGAGCCUGGAUGAGAAGGAAAUGCAGGACUUCGAGCGCCUGCGGCAGCGGGGUCAUGAUACGGAGCUGGAGCUGGAGGAACUGAAGAAGAGGAGAGAAGAUCGGCGCAAGGCGCGAGAGGAGGAGGAGCUACGCCGGCAGCAGCAGGAGCACGAGCUGCAAGUCAGAGAGGAGGAAGAAAAGAGAAGAAUGAGAGAAGAGAGAGAGAAGCGGAGGAUGGAGGCAGCAGAGAAACGCCACAAAGUGCUGAAUAUUUCAGGUAGUGAAAUGGAGGACCCAUUCCUCCCCCUCAGUCCCAGGAGCCCAACCUAUAAGAAAGAGUUUGACGAGGGAAUGACAUCAGAAACAACUUGCUUGAUCAGUGAAAGAACGGAAUCCUUGAACCGCUCACUUAAGAAGAGUAACAGUGUUAAGAAGAGUCAGCCCAUAACUAACAUAUCAAAGAUUGAUGAUCGAUUGGAGCAAUAUACCAAUGCCAUUGAGAGCACAACUAAGUCCCUGCGGCACACGUCAUUGGACAUCCCAAGCCUAUCAGAGGACGUGGCCACCAUGAAGAACCUAUGGGAGACAGGUGAUGCUGCCAGUAGCACAGCUACCAGAGGGACACCGAGUAAGGAUACAGAUGGACUGAAAGUAGGUGUCGGUGAUCUCAUCAAUCAGUGGGUCAGCAAGAACCCAGAGUCCAGUGUCAAGACUAGUCCCUCCAAACCUGCCGAAAUUAAGACAGGGGAUGUGAAGAGCAAAAAGAAUAUUUGGGAAAACAAGAGUGAUUCCAAUUCUUUCACCAAACUACCAAAUGCUGGAAAGAAUCACCCCUCGAGUGCAAGGUACAAGUUUGUGACGACUGGUCAUGGCAAAUAUGAGAAAGUCCCAAUUUCUGAUGAUGAGCAUGGUACCAAUGAAGAUAGUUAAUCGACUGCAGUUGAAAAUUACGAUAAGCAUACUGAAGAACUGGAGCCAACAAAUGAUCCAAGAGCAGUUGAAAUUAAUAAUUUUAUAUAUUAAUUUUUGUUUAUGUAUAAACUUGUUAUUGCCACUUAUAUCAUCAUUGUUAUGUCUUUCACCACUGAUUCUGCAAUAGCUUAGAGAGCAUUUGUAUCUGAAGAAUGGAAAUCCUUCAUUGAAAAGUUAUGCAAAGGUGCCUAUCUAACACGGGGACAGAAUAUCCCUACUUAAGGACCACUUCUUAUUCCAUUUCCAUUAUCUUAUUGAUUAUUAGAUAGCUAAGAAGAUCCAUUUAUUGCUCCAAUCUCUACCCUGCACAGCAGAAGUAAUGUGUACACACACAGACACACAUACUGCACACUGCACACAUUUAUGAGAGAUAUAGUCCUGGAAUAGACGAUAUUUUUUAAAUGCCUGUGGAGCAGAAUCUGUUUAUCCUGAUUUUGUGUUUUUGUUGUUAAGUAAUGGACACAAGCCAUUUGUGUAUCUCCUUGGUAGUAGUCUCACCAUUGAACCUAAGUUCAUUUUAGGUUUAUCUUGUUAAGUUGCAUAUUCAACAUUGACACAACUUGCCUUGGGUGACUGCAGUAGCAUGUCCAUAAAUGUUGCUCUCUUUCUUUGGUCCUCAGCAUUGUUUUCAAAAUCUCAUCUACAAUAAAUUUGUUUAUCAAUAAUAUGGAAUCUGCAUAAUCUUUAUAUAGCUUUAUAUAUGUGUAUAAGAUAAUGGAAGGCAUUGAUCGUGUGGAUAGUCAGAGGCUUUUUCCCAGGGCUGAAAUGGCUAGCACGAGAGGGCACACUUUUAAGGUGCUUGGAAGUAGGUACAGAUGAGAUGUCAGAGGCAAGUUUUUUAUGCAGCGAGUGGUGAGUGCGUGGAAUGGGCUGCUGGCGAUGGUGGUGGAGGCGGAUACGAUAAGGUCUCUUAAGAGACUCCUGGACAGGUACAUGGAGCUCAUAAAAAUAGAGGGCUAUGGGUAACCCUUGGUAAUUUCUAAGGUAAGAACAUGUUCAGCACAGCUUUGUGGGCUGAAGGGCCUAUAUUGUGCUGUAGGUUUUCUAUGUUUCUAACUUGAUUAAUGAAUUUGUUAAUUAUCUCCCAUUCCCAUUAGAUAAUAGUUUUAAACAAACUGAGGGUCUAUGUUACUGUUUUCACAGCUGUAAAGCUUUUCUUUGGAAAGAUGUUAAUAUUUGAAAUUGGAUGACAAAUUGACAAAUACAAUUCUAAAAAAGAUUGUUUAUUUAUCAUCAUCAGAAGAGGAAUAGUUGACCAGUGUUCAUCAGCCCUCCAGUGUAUAUGAACGGUUUGCUAGUUGUUUGGGAAAUGGGGGAAUAUACUGUGACCUGGCACAGAAAAUAUUGAACCAUUGUGAUGGAGCAACACGAACAAGCAAAAAUCGUCUGUUCUGAGUUCCUAAGCCAUUUACCUAGUUCAUUUCUCAGUUCCGAACAUAUUAAUGAAACUGUCUGCUGUUUAUAAUCACUAUUCUUUCAAUAUUAAAAUGUGCUAUGUUUCAAUAAAUAGCAUACUGUAACAAUUAUUACUGAAUUUUGCCACAGCUUUUAUCAGACCAAUGCUUUUGCCUUUGCAAUAACAUAUAUGUAUUGUGCAAUUUUGUGAAAUUGCUUAAAUUAAACCGAUCAUAUCUUUCAGCUCAGUUUGUAAAAAGAACAAAUCUACUGCCACAAUUAAAUCAAAUUGCUUCAUAUAGGAUUUUUUUCUCAAUUACUGCACCUAACAAUCUAUUCUAUAUAUUUAUUGCUCUCUCUUGGAGAGGGGCCUCCUAAUAUCUAUUAUAUCUGCCUUCCACUAAUUAGAAUCUCUACUACAUUGUCCUACCAUGUACAACAUGAGCUGUUGCACCAGAUUUAACCAAUAUUUUGAAGAUCAACAUAUAUAAUUCCUUUUUUUGAAGUCUCUUGGUCAUCUUAACCAGGCUGAUUUUUUAAAUAUAAUUACCAGCUUUUUCUCAUAAUUCAUUUGGUCUUAGUCCAAUUUUCUACACACCUCCAUUGAAGUUUCUGAAAUUCAUUGAACUCUAACUGAAAAAUACAGAAUGAGUGAAAAAUGUUGAGCGAGCCUUCCUAAGUCAUGCUUAACAAUUGCUAACAUUUAAUUCUUUUCUACAGUCCAGGGGCUCCCAACCCUUCUCAUGUCAUGGGCCCCUACCAUUAACUUAGGGGUCUGUGGACCCCAUAUUGGGAAAUCCUGCUGCAGAGUAACAGUUGGGCUGCAGGUAUUGCAAUAACUCCAGAGAACCAGGUUCAACUCUGACCUCCGGUGGAAUCUGAGGGGAGUUGGUUUGGCCUGGCUGUGACCACAUGGGGUUGUCCCAGGAAAUCCAUAUUCUUCCCACAUCCCAAUUAUCCCUACUGUAAGUGAGUGGUCAGAGAAUCAGUAGAGUGGAAUUGAUAGGAUGGCUGAGAGCAGGAUAGUGUGCUGAAUGGCUUCCUUCCAAAUGACACGUAACAGUGCUGUAUGCUGAAGUUUAGUACUGUAGGUGGGAGUAGAAAGUUGUGAAUAUGUAUUGCUGGGUUGAAUGAGACAAAUGAAGUUCACUGGGAAAGUGUGAGGUGGUUCAUUUCAAACGCAAACAAGAGUGAACAGUGUUUCUAAAUUGUCAAUAACUCCGAAUUCUGUUGGAAUAGAGAGAGGUAGGGAUUCAAGCACCAAAUCACUGAUAACUAUUGUAAGAAAAUUUUACAGGUCUCCCCAGUGUUAAGCUUUAUCUCAAGCAGGCUGAACCACAAAAAGUGAAAUGUGUGCUGCAAGCUUAAAUAUCAUCAUUUCUUGGUCCAGGAAGCUAGAGGGCUUUAAUUGGCUUUGGUGCAUAUUGCGGUUGGCAGCGGGGGAGUUGCAACUUGGGUUCAUAUCUAAUUUAAAUUUGUUUAAUUACAGACAAAGUUCUCAUACUUUGUAUAAAAGAUCAAAGAAUGGUAUAAUUGAGCUACUUGAGGUUAGCUGGAUAAGAAAAAGAGAAAAACUGGGAAAAUCCAGAACCACGGGUUUUACCCUUAAAUCACCAGUUGGAUGUACUAAAGAUGAGUAAGAAAUAUUUGUCAUGUAAUUAAAGUUAAAGAACCCAGGUCAGCUGGAAAUUGUAAAAUCUAAACUAGAUCGGGUCAGGAUGUUGGAGCACAUGCAGCAAAAAUAAGUCAGUACAGAUGAAGUAAAAAAUUACCCAUUAUAAUCAAUUUGGAACCCUUUCAAUGACUGAAAAGCUUUCCUUCAUUUCUAGCAGUUCCAACCUAGCCAUAGUAUAAUUCCACCUCAGUGGAGGAGGAAGUUACAUACUCUGUGCCAAAAAUUUGUUAAUGCAAUUUUCAGACCUGAAGUACAAGCACACCCCAAGGGUCUACCAAAAGUCUGAGGCUUCUUUCAAAUAUCCUCAAUAACUAAGAUGUUCCGUAGCUACUUAAGACUUUAACCAUAGCCUUGAGUUAGUGUGUCACAGACAACAUCAGUGCAUUCAGUAAGAAUGGGGAGAGGAAAGCACUGAUUUGGGAAACACAUCUUGGAAACAUUAAAAUUUAAUUGAAAUACAGUAUUCUGUUUAAUGUGAAACAGCUUGUUUUGUAUACUACUGUCAUGAACAAAAGUAAGGUGUCUGAGAAGGAAAAUGGAUUUGUUGUAGCUAUUGACAGUUUUAUUAAAUGUAAUGUUUGGUCUUAA